AUGGAGCAUUGGAGAACAGCGAACUACGAAAAAGAAGAAGAAGACGCGGAGAAUGAGGGCCAAAGAGAGUUUAAUCCCCGGCAGAAUGACGAGGUGAAGACGCAUGAGAACGAGAUUGCCCAUCUAAGAGAACACAUCGGCUUGGACGCCGUUACUAUGAGGAAGGAGGAUGGGCCUAGAGACCGGUCUACGGUCGCCAGCAACUGGCCGGUGAGUCUACAAAGACUAAAGCCAAUUAAUCCUUCGCCUGACUGCCCAGUCGCGGGCACAAGGAGUCCAGCCUCGCUGGGCCGAAUCACUCUGGCCGAAGAAAUUCGCCAGGCCUGGGUCUACCUCCUCCGGCCGCGACUCAAAGCCCCGGUCUGGCAGACGGCAUCGGAUAGUCCCGCAACAGGCUGCUUCGACUUCAAGCCAAGCAGAAGACAGGAGCAGCAGCAACCACUUUCUUCGCCCUACAGCAGCCUGGUCAGGCGACAUGGGCAACUUCUGGACAAAAGUUCUGUUCGUCUGUCCGCAGGCAGUCGGAGGUCUGCAGGGCGGACUGGGAGCAGUACGGAACAUGCUGCCUUGGACGUGAUUCGCCGGCUGGAGUGGAGCUGCAUUGCUGUAGAGCUGGCCGCCGCCUUGGCUCUUACCUCGCAAGAGGCGGCGAUCGCUCUUCUGCCGCGAAUUGCAGCACAUCUUGAGGCAUUGCCCGACGAGGUAGAUACGAUUACAUUCUAG